CCCCGCUCAGCUCUGGCUCCUAGGUGGCCGGGUGUCUGCUGCGGCUUAAACUCUGCUCAGCUGGAAGGCUGGAACUCGGUGUCUAGCUGGAGCUUUGAGUUUGCUGAGCCAUGGAGCGCACAGCACCUGACUUACAACUCAUGCCAGAGAUGACGAAGGACACCCAUGUCCCAGCUCCGGACUCUGGCUGCUGUCGAACUGCUGUCACCGCUGUUGUGGCCGUCAGUACAGUUGUCCUUACCCUGGGAGUCCUUUUGGCCUUCCUCUCUGCGCAGGGGGUGCUGGUGGAGCACACAGCGCAGCUGCAGGGGAUCCGAUUCUCCAGCUCUCUUCAGCAGGAGACCUCCCACUACUACCGCCUGCUCACGCCUGCGCUGCAGACACUGUUUGUGAGCAGUUUCCACAAAACACAGUUGGAAUCGAGCUGUGCAGGCUGUACAGUGCUCAGUUACAGGGAUGGGAACUCCAGCGUAUUUGUGCAUUUCCGGCUCCACUUUCUGCUCCGAGCCCUCCAGCCACUGAGCCUGGACCAGGAGGAGGACAUCUUGCAGAAAGGCAUCCAGGCAAGACUGCAAGGACACGGUCUUUCCCUGGCUGCCUAUGGCACCAUCGUGUCAGUGAGGCUGACAGGAAGAUGUGACAGUCCGGUGACCGAGAGGGACUUGAAGUCAGGCCGCUGCCCUGGGAACGCCUUCUCCUGUGACAACAGUCAGUGUGUGAACAAAGAGAACCCGGAAUGUGACACCAGGGUGGACUGCUCCGAUGGGUCUGACGAGGCCCAGUGCGACUGCGGCUGGCAGCCUGCAUGGAGAUCGGCCGGCAGGAUUGUGGGUGGUGUGGAGGCAGCCCCCGGGGAGUUCCCCUGGCAGGUCAGCCUUCGGGAGAACCACGAGCACUUUUGUGGGGCCACCAUCAUUGGGGACAGGUGGCUGGUGUCUGCCGCCCACUGCUUCAAUGAGUUCCAGGACCCUGCGCAGUGGGCGGCCCAGGCGGGCAGCGUGCUCCUGAGUGGCUCGGAGGCCAGCGCUGUGCGCGCCCGCGUGCUCCGCAUCGCCAAGCAUCCCGCCUACGACGCCGACACCGCGGACUUCGACGUGGCGGUGCUGGAGCUGGCUCGCCCGCUGCCCUUUGGCCGCUACGUACAGCCCGCCUGCCUCCCCGCCGCCACGCACGUCUUCCCGCCGCGCAAGAAGUGCCUGAUCUCGGGCUGGGGCUACCUGAAGGAGGACUUCCUGGUGAAGCCGGAGGUCCUCCAGAAAGCCACGGUGGAGCUGCUGGAGCAGAGCCUGUGCGCCCGGCUGUACGGCCACGCGCUCACCGACAGGAUGCUGUGUGCAGGCUACCUGGACGGCAAGGUGGACUCCUGCCAGGGGGACUCGGGGGGACCCCUGGUGUGCGAGGAGCCUUCCGGAAGAUUCUUCCUGGCCGGCAUCGUGAGCUGGGGCAUCGGCUGCGCGGAGGCGCGGCGACCCGGCGUCUACACCCGCGUCACCCGCCUGCGGGACUGGAUCUUGGAGGUGACCGGCUCGGCCGCCGCCCCCACCGCGGCCCCUGCGCCCGCCGCCCCGAGCACCCCCGGGCCCGCCAGCCCCGACGCCCCGGCCAAAGCCACGGCGGCGGGGGCGACGAGCAGCCCCGCGCCGCGCCCCGGCCCCGCCGCCCAGCCGCAAGAGUGUGGGGCCAGGCCUGCCAUGGACAAGCCCACUCGGAUUGUGGGCGGGCUCAGUGCUGUGUCUGGGGAGGUGCCCUGGCAGGCCAGCCUGAAAGAAGGAUCCAGACAUUUCUGUGGAGCCACCGUGGUGGGUGACCGCUGGCUGCUGUCCGCCGCUCAUUGUUUCAACCACACCAAGACGGCAGAGCAGGUGCAGGCGCACCUGGGCACCGUGUCCCUGAUGGGUGUCGGCGGGAGCCCCGUGAAGCUGGGGCUGCGGAGGGUCUUCCUGCAUCCCCAAUACAACCCAGGCAUCCUGGACUUUGACAUGGCCUUGCUGGAGUUGGCACGGCCACUGGUCUUCAACAAGUACAUCCAGCCCAUCUGUCUCCCCCUGGCCAUCCACAAGUUCCCUGUGGGCCGGAAGUGCAUGAUCUCAGGCUGGGGCAACACUCAGGAGGGAAAUGCCACCAAGCCCGACAUCCUGCAGAAGGCGUCUGUGGGCAUCAUAGAGCAGAAGAUGUGUGGCUCCCUCUACAACUUCUCCCUCACGGACCGCAUGCUCUGCGCUGGCUUCCUGGAGGGCAGAGUUGACUCCUGCCAGGGUGACUCUGGCGGCCCCCUGGCAUGCGAGGAGACCCCCGGUGUCUUUUACCUGGCUGGCAUCGUGAGCUGGGGCAUAGGCUGUGCUCAGGCUAAGAGGCCCGGUGUAUAUGCCCGCAUCACCCGUCUCAAGGACUGGAUCCUGAGGGUCAUGUCCUCAGGCCUCAACUCCACACCGCACCCCCAUACCUCCAGCACACAGCUUAUCCCUAACCAGCCCGCCAGAACCACAGAGGCCACCACCAGCAGACCUGCAACCCCCAGGGGCACCAGCAGGGUGACCACUAAACCACCCAACACCACACUAGCUGCCUGGAGCACCACUACCAGGGGACAGACACCAGCUGCGAAUGCCCCGGGUGCCGCCACACAUUCCCAGCUGCCAGACUGCGGCCUGGCGCCCCCCGGGGCCCUGACCCGGAUCGUGGGAGGCAGCUCGGCUUCGCGUGGGGAGUGGCCCUGGCAAGUGAGCCUCUGGUUGCAGCACAGGGAGCACCGCUGCGGGGCUGUGCUGGUGGCUGACAGGUGGCUUCUGUCCGCUGCACACUGCUUUGACACCUAUGGGGACCCUGUGCAGUGGGCAGCUUUUCUGGGCACCCCGUUCCUAAGCGGCGCCGAGGGCCAGCUGAAGCGCGUGGUGCGCAUCUACCGCCACCCUUUCUAUAACCUCUACACGCUGGACUACGACGUGGCGCUGCUGGAGCUGGCGGGUCCCGUGCACCGCAGCCGCCUGGUGCGACCCAUCUGCCUGCCAGGGCCUGCGCGGCCCCCCGAAGGCGCGCGCUGCGUCAUCACCGGCUGGGGCUCGCUUCGUGAGGGAGGCUCCAUGGCUGUGCAGCUGCAGAAGGCAGCCGUCCGCGUGCUCAGCGAGCAGGCCUGCCGCCGCUUCUACCCCGUGCAGAUCAGCAGCCGCAUGCUGUGCGCGGGCUUCCCGCAGGGCGGCGUGGACAGCUGCUCCGGUGACGCAGGGGGGCCCCUGGCCUGCAGGGAGCCAUCGGGCCAGUGGGUGCUGACUGGGGUCACCAGCUGGGGCUACGGCUGUGGCAGGCCCCACUUCCCGGGUGUCUACACUCGAGUGGCUGCUGUGCUGGGAUGGAUAACCCAGAGCAUCCAGGAGUGACCACCGUGUGGCCAGUGAGUGACCCAAGCCUGGGAUGGAGGAACGCGGAACUACCUGCGGCAGUGUGUACUGUUCCAAUAAACAGUCGCUUCCCCUA